CUAAUUUCCGUAUUAAAUAUUGCAGAAGAAUGUCUAUAUGCGGUUUAUCUCGAAUCUGUGGAGUUCAGGGAUUCGGCAGGGUUCAGGCAAACAUUCUUGGUCCAAACUUAUUAUGCCACUGCUCUUACUCAUCUCAGACAGAGACAGAUGUGAACAAGGUUCAACAACUCAGAGAAAAACUUGAAACUGGACCGGACCUGGAAUGAAAAGCGACUGCGUCUACCUCCCUGGCUAAAAACUGAAAUACCGAUGGGGAAAAACUUCUCAAAACUUAAGAAGGACUUGCGAGGACUUAAACUUGCGACAGUCUGUGAAGAAGCAAGGUGUCCUAAUAUCGGUGAAUGCUGGGGAGGAGAGGAGGGGACGGCAACUGCUACCAUUAUGCUGAUGGGUGACACUUGUACUAGAGGAUGCAGGUUCUGCUCUGUUAAGACUGCUAGAGCCCCACCUCCCCUGGACCCCGCUGAGCCGGUGAACACAGCUAACGCAGUGGUGGAGUGGGGACUAGACUAUGUUGUUUUAACAUCUGUAGAUAGAGAUGAUUUACCGGACGCGGGCUCUGCGCACAUUAGCGCCACAAUCCAGGAACUUAAGCGGGCAAAACCGGAACUAUUGGUGGAGUGCCUAUCACCAGACUUUGCGGGGGAUACAGCCUGUGUUGAAACGGUAAACAUUUAUGUAAAAAAAUAAUCAAAAAUUUAAAAC